CGUGCGUUCCUCGGGUUCACGUUGCGGUAGCCAUGGAUGCUUUGGAUCGAGUUGUAAAGCCCAAAACGAAAAGAGCCAAGAGAUUCCUUGAGAAGAGAGAACCGAAACUCAGUGAAAAUAUUAAAAAUGCUAUGCUGAUUAAAGGGGGAAAUGCAAAUUCCAUGGUGACACAAGUACUUAAAGAUGUGUAUGCCCUGAAAAAACCGUAUGGCGUUCUGUAUAAAAAGAAAAACAUUACAAGACCAUUUGAGGAUCAGACAUCAUUGGAAUUCUUUUCAAAGAAGUCAGAUUGCUCUUUAUUUAUGUUUGGCUCCCAUAAUAAGAAGCGGCCAAAUAAUCUAGUAAUAGGUCGUAUGUAUGACUAUCAUGUGCUGGAUAUGAUUGAAUUGGGUAUCGAGAAAUUUGUCUCUCUGAAAGAUAUUAAGAAUAGUAAAUGUCCUGAGGGAACAAAACCCAUGUUAAUAUUUGCUGGUGAUGAUUUUGAUGUAACAGAAGACUACAGAAGGCUAAAAAGUCUUCUUAUUGAUUUCUUCAGAGGCCCCACAGUAGCGAAUAUCCGCCUGGCUGGUUUAGAGUAUGUGCUGCACUUCACUGCACUGAACGGGAAGAUUUAUUUUCGGAGCUAUAAGUUGCUGUUGAAGAAAUCUGGUUGCAGAACACCAAGGAUUGAAUUGGAAGAGAUGGGACCCUCAUUGGAUCUGGUUCUGAGGAGGACACAUCUGGCAUCAGAUGAUCUUUAUAAAUUAUCUAUGAAAAUGCCAAAAGCCCUCAAGCCAAAGAAGAAGAAAAAUGUCUCCCAUGAUACUUUUGGUACAACUUAUGGAAGGAUUCAUAUGCAGAAGCAAGACCUAAGCAAACUACAAACCAGGAAAAUGAAGGGGUUGAAGAAGCGACCUGCAGAAAGGAUAACAGAAGACCAGGAGAAAAAAUCAAAGAGAAUUAAAAAAAAAUGAUGGAACUUAGCCAGUGACUAUAAUGUUAUUGUAGUCUGUUUACUUAAGAGUAUUAUCAAUCAUCAGUCAUUUGUAAGUUUCUUAUAAGAUUUUAUUAAAUGUUUUUAUAGUAUGGUAA